GGCGGGACAACGCAGAAGUGGUGGUCGUAGCUAUUUAUGGGUAGAUUAAAGAUUUGCCUCCGUAUGGAUUAAUUUUAACACCAGAAAAGUUUCCAUUGAACGAAGAAUACGUUCACCAGCUACCAAACAUUUGGAAAAUUCUCGACCUGGCUUCAAGAAUAACAGUCCCGGAGACCCUACCCAGCAAAGUAAAGAAACGUGACAUGCCACAUCAGUGAUGGAGACCAUGGCUGUGAGCACGUCUGUGGUGGGGCCUGAUGAGUUUGACCGCAACGCGCCGCGGAUCUGUGGCGUCUGUGGAGACAAGGCCACAGGCUUCCACUUCAACGCCAUGACCUGUGAGGGCUGCAAAGGCUUCUUCAGACGCAGCAUGAAGCGUAAGGCUUGUUUCACCUGCCCCUUCAACGGCAGCUGCACCAUCACCAAGGACAACCGGCGGCACUGCCAGGCCUGCCGGCUCAAACGCUGCGUGGACAUCGGCAUGAUGAAGGAGUUCAUCCUCACAGAUGAGGAGGUGCAGAGGAAGAAGGACCUGAUCCAGAAGAGGAAAGAGGAAGAGGCGGCGCGGGAGGCCUUGAGACCUAGGCUGAACAAUGAGCAGAGCCAGGUCAUCGCCUCAUUGGUGGAGGCCCACCACAAGACCUAUGAUAACUCCUACUCUGACUUCUCAUGCUUCAGGCCCCCAGUGCGAGAGGGCCCAGUAACACGAAGUGCCAGUCGUGCAGCCUCCCUUCACUCUCUGUCAGAUGCCUCCUCAGACUCCUUCAACCACUCACCAGAGUCUGUGGACACCAAGCUGAUGAACUUCAGCAGUCUGUUGAUGAUGUACCAGGACAGUGCAGGCAGCCCAGACUCCAGUGAGGAUGAUGGCUCCAAGCACUCUAUGCUGCCCCACCUGGCUGACCUGGUCAGCUACAGCAUCCAGAAGGUCAUCGGCUUCGCUAAGAUGAUUCCUGGCUUCAGAGGGCUGACUGCUGAGGACCAGAUCGCCCUGCUGAAAUCCAGUGCCAUCGAGAUCAUCAUGCUGCGUUCCAACCAGUCCUUCAACCUAGAGGACAUGUCCUGGAGCUGUGGUGGUGGUGCCGACUUCAAGUACUGCGUCAACGACGUCACCAAGGCGGGUCACACUCUGGACCUGUUGGAGCCACUGGUGAAAUUCCAGGUGGGCCUGAAGAAACUCAAGCUCCAUGAGGAGGAACACGUGCUGCUCAUGGCCAUCUGCCUGCUGUCUCCAGAUCGACCUGGGGUGCAGGAUCACGCUAAGAUCGAGGUUCUCCAGGACCGUCUGUCGGAGGUGCUCCAGGCCUACAUCAGAGUGAACCACCCAGGAGGGCGGCUGCUCUACGCCAGGAUGAUCCAGAAGCUGGCCGACCUGCGCAGCCUCAACGAGGAGCACUCCAAACAGUACCGCUCGCUGUCCUUCCAGCCAGAGCACAGCAUGCAGCUCACCCCGCUGGUGCUGGAGGUGUUUGGGAGCGAGGUGUCAUAGCAGCCCCUCUGACCCCUCCCCAUGAGGGACCCCCAAGAUGGCGUUGAGUUGCUGGAUGGUGGGUUCAGCGAUGGAAGGGUAUCUGAGGGGGGAUAGCCGAAUGGACCUGAUAGUGUCACUGUCAAAGAAGGUUUUGGGGGGUUAAUUAGGGAUUAUGGGUAAAGAGAGUGAGGGGCUUUGAUAAGGUUGGAAUUUCCCAUUGAUAAGAAAAAGGGAAUUUCAAACAGAAUGUAUUUAUAAAUAUAUAUACAUACAUACAUACAUACAUACAUAAGCUAAUAUCUAUAUUUAAAAAAAGGUGGUUUCGAUUAAAACAAAUGGAUGAGUAAUCUAAUGUAUAUUAUAGGAUAUGUAGGCCCUAUUUGUGUGCAUAUGAAUGUGUGUAUGUGUUGACAUGGUGUUUCAAAUGUAAAGAAUGUAAUGCAUGCAUACAAGCAUACACGCACAGACACACCCCGAGUAGAGUGUGAGGGGCCUUCUAUUUUUGAUGUUUGUAUAUUGAAUGACCACAAGAGGGUGUUGUGCACAGGCACUGACUUAAUGGAUUGGUUAAAGUGUAGGCUACAUGGGAUAUGUGUGGAAAAUCUGGAAACUAUUUGGAUCUUUUGCCCCUUCAAAAUAUAUACAUUUGCCACUCAAAAAGCUCUUGCCUUCAUAAGAGGAAAGAACAACAUGUUUUUAGUUCAUUUUCAUUAUGGAUUAUUGGCUAGCUAAAAUAAAAUGAGCUAAACUAACCUAGUAAGGUGGCUAACGGCCAUGCCUCAGGGAGAAGUUAGCCGUUGCUAAAUACAUAUGUACAGUUGAAGUCGGAAGUUAACAUACACCUUAGCCAAAUACAUUUAACUCAGAUUUUCAUAAUCCCAGUAAAAAGUCCCGGUUUUAGGUCAGUUAGGAUCACCACUUUAUUUUAAGAAUGUGAAAUGUAAGAUAAUGAUUUCUUUCAGCUUUUAUUUCUUUCAUCACAAUCCCAGUGGGUCAGAAGUUAUAUACUCAAAUACUAUUUGGUAGGUAGCAUUGCUUUUAAAUUGUUUAACUUGGGUCAAACGUUUUGGGUAGCUUUCCACAAGCUUCCCACAAUAAGUUGGGUGUAUUUUGGCCCAUUUCCUCCUGAAAGAGCUGGUGUAACUGAGUCAG